AUGGGAGACUGGUCCAUUCUUGGCCGCUUCCUAACGGAAGUCCAGAACCAUUCCACAGUCAUCGGCAAGAUAUGGCUGACAAUGCUGCUGAUCUUUCGCAUCUUGCUCGUGGCUCUGGUGGGGGAUGCUGUCUACAGCGAUGAGCAGUCCAAGUUUACCUGCAACACCCUGCAGCCGGGCUGCAACAACGUCUGCUACGACACCUUCGCUCCUGUAUCACACUUGCGCUUUUGGGUCUUUCAAAUUGUGCUGGUCUCCACACCCUCCAUCUUCUACAUCGUCUACGUCUUGCAAAACAUUACCAAAAAUGAAAAACAGGAGGAUAGGAAGCUUGAAGUGGUGCCCGGGUCCUCACUUUCACUUCAACGGGACAAACACACUGGUAGAGAACAAGAGAGCACACUGAAGGCCCGCAGUCCUCGUGAAGGGGAAUGCGAUGGUAAGAGCCAGCUGGAGGAGGAUGCGAGAGAGGUAGAAAAGGACCCGACCCACCUCUCCAGCCAAGUGCUACUCAUCUACAUCAUCCACGUUUUGCUGCGCUCCAUCAUGGAGAUAAUCUUUCUCGUUGGACAGUACUGCCUCUUCGGAUUUGAGGUCCCAAACCUUUUCCGCUGUGAGACCUACCCAUGCCCAAACAGGACCGACUGCUUUGUGUCCCGAGCCACAGAGAAAACCAUCUUUCUCAACUUCAUGUUCAGCGUCAGUCUAGGCUGCUUUGUCUUGAACAUUGUGGAGCUGCAUUAUGUAGGCUGGAUUUACAUUUUCAGGGUGUUGUUAUCUGCAUGCUGUCCGUGCUGUGAAACAGGUGGAAACCCUGGGCAGCAGGGGGAUUUGUACUCUGACAACAGGCAGAGUUGUCCUGCAGACCACCUCUCUCUUGACCCUUGUUGA